AUGGGAAAGAGAAGGGUCCUGGCGAUUGAACAGCUGCCCACAAUCCUGCACUGCUUUGGAAGCCUGUGGAUUGAAGGCCAAACCUCCCCAAGCACAGAGGCCCCCUGGGUCUCUUAUCUCCAGCCACAUUUCCAUCCCCCGCCCUGGGGGAGCCAAGGGCGCCCCCCAGCGCCAGCUGCCCACGCGUGCCAGUGGCUCUUUGUGCCGCCCUCUAAGUUGGAAGAAUUGAACCAGACUUGGGGAGCCUCGGGGACUGUGAGAGAAAGGCGUUCCUCGGAAUUCGCCGGGGUUAGGAGGCAGAAAGCCAAGGAAGACAGUCUCUCAAAGGCGCCCGGUUCAUUCGCGUCUGGGAUUUCCUUGCCACAAAGGGGGCAUUUGCUUGGCACAGUAAAGAUGCCCAGUGGCGCUGUGAGAUCCAAACGCUUGGAGCACGCCCGGGAUCUCCUCAUUUCCUCCCAGUCUGCCAGAGACACAGACGCGUCGAAAACACCCACAGUGGAGAGCUAUAAAAAGCAAAGAGGGCUGCAGGAAGAGAGCAGAGCGAGCCAGAGCUGGCGGGUGCCGAGCGCUAGCCGGCUGCCAGGGCAUCGCUGCGACUCGGGCAGUGUUGGAUGGCCCCAUGUGAACGAGGGGACCACGCUUCGGGUCGCGAGGGCCGAGGGGGCCAAAAAAGUAACCGAGCCCGAAGGCAAAGGAAUUGGAACGGACGCCCCGAUCUUAAGAGGAGGACUGAACCGAAGAGACUCGGGCCGUGACCACAGAGGUGCGCAGGGAGCACAGCCGCCCGCGGUGCGCGCUCCGCAGCGGACUCGGCGCUCGGCACCCUGGCGCUUGCUCCUGGCUGGACACUUGAGACUGAGUUCAAAAAGUUCCUGGGACCCCCUCGGCGCACCUGGACGGGUUGGGGGAACAGUAUCUGCAGGGAUCCCUGGCGCCCCGCUUGAGGGGCUGCGUGGUGGGGGGUCUGCCCUCUCCUCUCACAUUCACGUCCUUCGGGGGCUUGGCGCCUCUGCGAGACGCUCUCUCCAGGAGACGGCCGCGAGGAUGCGGGGCAAGGAUUCGUCCCGCUGCCUACUCCUCCUGGCCGCGGUGCUGAUGGCGGAGAGCUCCCAGCUCGGCAGCUCGCGGGCCAAACUCAACUCCAUCAAGUCCUCUCUGGGCGGGGAGACGCCUGCCCAGGCUGCCAACCGAUCUGCGGGCAUAUACCAAGGACUGGCUUUCGGCGGCAGUAAGAAGGGCAAAAACCUGGGGCAGGCCUAUCCUUGUAGCAGUGACAAGGAAUGUGAAGUGGGAAGAUACUGCCAUAGUCCCCACCAAGGAUCAUCAGCCUGCAUGGUGUGCCGGAGGAAAAAGAAGCGCUGCCACAGAGACGGCAUGUGCUGCCCUGGGAACCGCUGUAAUAACGGAAUCUGCAUUCCAGUCACAGAGAGCAUCCUCACCCCUCACAUCCCGGCUCUGGAUGGUACUCGGCACAGAGAUAGAAGCCACGGUCAUUUCUCCAACCAUGACUUGGGAUGGCAGAAUCUAGGGAGACCACACACCAAGAUAACACACAUCAAAGGGCAUGAAGGAGACCCCUGCCUGCGAUCAUCAGACUGCAUUGAAGGGUUUUGCUGUGCUCGUCAUUUCUGGACCAAAAUCUGCAAGCCAGUGCUGCACCAAGGGGAAGUCUGCACCAAACAGCGCAAAAAGGGCUCUCACGGGCUGGAAAUCUUCCAGCGGUGUGACUGUGCGAAGGGUCUGACUUGCAAAGUAUGGAAAGAUGCCACUUACUCUUCCAAAGCCAGACUCCACGUGUGUCAGAAAAUCUGAUCACCACUGGGGGAAAAAUCCUCAGUAACAGACUGUGAAUCUGUGUAUUUAAUGCAUUACGGCAUGGUGGAAAACAAGGUUGGGAAUGCAGAGGAAUGGCUCUGGGGAGGAAUAGGAUGAGAAUAGAGAUCACAGAAAGAUAAAGGAAAGGAUAACUCAAAGGAAUAGAAUGGGAGUCUUUCCAUUAUGCAAUUUCUUUCUGUAAAUAAUGUACACAUUUGUGAAAAUGCUAUUAUUGAAAAAAGCACACAGUGGAAAUUACUGACAAAUACCAUGUGCCUUUCCAGGAGCUUAGGGUGUGCCAGAAAAGCAAGUUUCUUUAGAUUGCUGAUUACCUAUACAAAUAAUCUAAACGCUAUAUUCCCAUUCAGAGUUAUAGUUUCACAAAAUAACUCCACUGUUCCUUGAUAUCAAAUAAGCUAAAACAUGAUGAGCUGAUAAAGAGGAAGUGAAAAAUACAACAUAGUUAAUUUGCAUAGUGAAUGUGAAACUCUUCUCUGACCGCUCAAUUAAAGGCCUUGAAGAGACAAAACUGAAAAAAGUCAGUCAGUAUUUUCCAAAUAAUGUUAAAAUCAUGGCAGAAGUUUUUCAAGUCAUUUAAAGGAAAUCAAACUUGCUUUUCCAUGAAUUGCUUGGUUCCAUUUUUAAU